CGCCCGCUGCUCCGUCAGCCUCUGCGGGGGAACCCAGCGUCCGCGCCCGGCAGCCGCGGCAUGGCAGCCCCCGGGGCCUGAGCAGAGCCCCCAGCGCCUGGCUGCCCCGGAGCCCAGUGCUGUAGCGUAGUCACAGGAACAGUGGUUCUUCCCUCCCACUUGGAAGCAAGUGUAGCAGUAAGACUCUGCCAGUAGUACUACAGAGGAACUUUAUUUUAAAGGACACGCUUGGAUGUUUUGGAUCUUCUCAGGAUAAAAAGGAAAGCAUGCCUCAAACGCCUCCCUUCGCAGCUAUGUUUGACAGCAGUGGUUACAACAGAAACCUGUACCAGUCGAAAGAAGACAACUGUGGAGGACUGUAUUACCAUGACAACAACCUUCUGUCAGGGUCUCUGGAAGCCUUGAUUCAGCACUUGGUACCCAAUGUAGAUUACUAUCCUGAUAGAACUUACAUUUUCACCUUCCUGCUCAGUUCACGACUGUUCAUGCACCCUUUCGAAUUAAUGGCCAAGGUCUGUGAUUUGUGUGUGGAGCACCAGAGACUAAGUGAACCUGGGAAUGACAAGAACCAGAUACAAAAAAUUGCCCCCAAAAUCCUACAGCUGCUGACUGAGUGGACAGAGACAUUUCCUUAUGACUUCCGGGAUGAAAGAAUGAUGAGGAACCUGAAGGAGUUAUCACAACGAAUAGCAAGUGGUGAUGAGAUGUAUCGGAAGAAUGUCCAGCAGCUUAUCCAGAACCUGAUCCGGAAGCUUGCCUGUCUUAGCCAGUAUGAGGAGGUACUUGCAAAAAUAAAUGCAACAUCCACAGAUCGCCUCACUGUCCUGAAGACCAAACCACAGUCCAUACAGAGGGACAUAAUCACAGUCUGCAGUGACCCUUACACAUUAGCCCAGCAGCUGACUAACAUAGAGCUGGAGCGCCUGAAUUAUAUUGGACCAGAAGAAUUUGUCCAGGCAUUUGUACAAAAGGAUCCUUUGGAUAAUGACAAGAGCUGUUACAAUGAUCGGAAGAAGACCCGUAACCUGGAAGCCUAUGUGGAAUGGUUUAACAGACUCAGUUAUUUGGUUGCUACAGAAAUCUGCAUGCCAGUGAAGAAAAAACACAGAGCAAGAAUGAUAGAAUAUUUCAUUGAUGUGGCCCGAGAGUGUUUUAACAUCGGCAACUUCAACUCCUUAAUGGCAAUUAUUUCUGGUAUGAACAUGAGUCCUGUGUCUCGACUAAAGAAAACCUGGACAAAAGUCAAGACGGCUAAAUUUGACAUUCUGGAGCAUCAGAUGGACCCCUCUAGCAAUUUCUACAAUUACCGAACUGCUCUUCGUGGAGCUGCUCAGAGGUCCUUGACAGCUCAUAGUAGCAGAGAGAAGAUCGUGAUACCUUUCUUCAGUCUCUUAAUCAAAGACAUUUACUUCUUCAAUGAGGGCUGUGCCAAUCGCUUACCAAAUGGCCAUGUCAAUUUUGAGAAAUUCUGGGAGCUGGCUAAACAAGUGAGUGAAUUCAUGACUUGGAAGCAGGUGGAGUGCCCGUUUGAGAGGGAUCGGAAAAUCCUCCAGUAUUUGCUCACUGUCCCAAUAUUCAGUGAGGAUGCACUUUACUUGGCUUCCUAUGAGAGCGAAGGGCCUGAGAAUCACAUUGAAAAGGACAGAUGGAAGACUCUAAGGUCAGCGCUUUUGGGCAGAGUAUAAUAUGCGAGAUUGGAUGCUGCUCCUACUGCUGCUGUGUUACACGGAUGAUUAUUAAGGGCAUGUCUGGUUUGGGUGUGUGUGGUUCUUUUUUUGUUUGCGGGGGGUGGUUUGUGCACCAAGUGGCAUUUAAAUAAUGGGAACUGCAGCCAGUUGAGACGGACAUAACGUCAGCAAAUAAAGCAAGCUAACUCAAGAAAAAACGGGCAACUUCUCAAAUCUGACAGAUCAGAUUUAAAUGGCAACUUGCUAGGCCUAGGUAUCGAUUUGAGGACAAGUGACAAAAUCCUUCGAAGAUACUAGACUCUUCAUAUAAAUCACUUCACAACACCUGGAUGGAUUGCUUUGUUUUGCUGUUUCUCCUUGAUUUGUUGGAGCUUGCUGCUACUUAAGAUGCUCCAGAUUUGGUACUGGAUUAUGGAAGAAAAGUACUAUUCCUCCAUGUGGAACCCAAGUCUGUGUUGGAAGAAUUUCCAUUCCUAAUAUGCUGAACAUAUAGCCAGGAACACUUCCUAAAUCAGCAUUGCUAAGAAGGGAAAGGACUGGACAAAUGGCGGGUGAGGGAGAGGAGGGGUGGUUAUAAGGGGAAAUUAAAAUGCAACUGGCUGCUGUAUUUUGUUUUUUCCUGACCAUGUUAAUGGUGAAGCUAUUUUGUUUGUUUAUUCAUAAUAUUUCUGAGUGUGCUGCUGGUUGGCAAACUCGUUAUCAUUCUAAGUUAUAUUUAAAAAAAUAAGUAAUAAUAAAAUCAGUGCUGUGGUAGGAAAUGCAGCUACUACAAAAAUGCAGUAACUAUGUAGCUGGGACUGUCUUAUAGUAAGAUUUUUUUUUUCAGUUGUUUAAAACUAAUUUUACAGACAUUCUUGUAUUACAUUAUUUUUACUACAGCCUUUUUUGUUACUCUGACUUUCCAUAGUUGACUCUUUCUGUAUUAGUUUGAACAAUGUGACUGUAUUUUCUAGACCUCUAUUUUGAGAAACCACUGCACAGAGUAUGUUGAAAUAAUAUCAUAAAGUACGUUUUUUAUUUUGUCAUUUUUACACUUUUUUUUUUUUGUUAGCAACUGGAGUACAUAAUCCAGUUUGACUGAAAUUGUAAGAUGCCAAGAACAAAAAAGAAAAGGUUUCUCUUCGACUACAGCUGUGAACAAAAACCAUCUCUUUCUUGUGUUUUGCUUCAUGGGUUAUUAUUGUUGUUAUGACUGUGAAAUAGUUCACUUUGUUACACAUCUAAUAAGUCUGUAGUAGCUCUGAAUACUUAGCCACUGUAUUUAUCCUAGCAAAAUCCCAGUGAAUAAAAACUGUAGAUAUAGCCCACCCUGGAUGGAAAAUCACAUGCUUAAUUAAGGGAUAUGUUUGUAAACACCAUGCCACUGCUCUAAAACAAAGAGAAAUAAAUAAAAAUAUGACUUUUUGUUGCACUGCA